UGUCGGCCCGCCUGCGACGUAGCCGUUCGCUACAGACGCCGCGCGCUGCCUCGCUCCCAGCGCCAUGGACGAGCCGCCGACGGGCCGGCCGUCCUACUCCGAGACGAGCAAAGGCAUGAUCGUGAUGCUGCUCGACGGCUACCGAUACCUGCAGAACAAGCGCCGGGGCGAGCGAGUCUACUGGGUCUGCGACAGGUACAAGUCGGCGUCGUUCGACCGCUGCCCGGGCCGCGUGGUGACGUUGGGCGGUGCGCUGGUGCCGGGCGGCCGACCGGCGGUGCAUAACCACGCGGCGGACGCGCAGCGCAACGCGCUCGAGCUGGUCAAAUCCAAGCUGCGCCGCAAGGCGCGACUGGACGUCUCCAAGAGCCUGGCGCAGAUCUACCGCGAGGAAGUGGCCGCCGCCGCGCCGCGCCACCAGCAGCGGGUGCCCAGCUACGACAGGCUGCGGAGCACGCUCUACAGGGCGCGCCGCAGGGCCUGCAGCGCCGGCGUGCGCGCCACCGCAUCGGAAUACGACGACGAUUGCUGCAUGGAAGUAGUGCCAGUGGAGGUCGUUGUGAAACAAGAGCCCUGCGAAUACAUUCUGCCUGAAGCUACCGAAGAACACCAUUUUCACUGUAACGAGUAUGCGCCAUAUCCAGCCGAGGAGGCCAACCGCAGCAUGGCAUCGCGCCAAGCAAUCGACACGAAUACUAUGACGCUGACGAGGUUCGUCCUGGCCGAGCAGCGAAAGGUGCCCGGCGCCACGGGAGACCUGACGCAGCUCCUGACUGCCAUCCAGAGUGCCAUCAAGGCGGUCGCAGCGAGCGUGCGACGAGCCGGCAUCGCCCAGCUGUACGGCAUGGCGGGCAACACGAACGUUCAGGGUGAAGAGCAAAAGACUCUGGACGUGCUCAGCAACGACCUGUUCAUCAACCUGCUCAAGUCUUCGUACACCACCUGCCUCUUGGUCUCUGAGGAGAACGACACGGUGGUCGAAGUGGAGACCGAGAAGCAGGGCAAGUACGUGGUGUGCUUCGACCCUCUGGACGGAUCCUCCAACAUUGACUGCCUCGGGUCCAUUGGCUCCAUCUUUGCCAUCUUUCGUCGGACAAGCUCAGGACGACCAAACGCGAAAGAUGCAUUGCAGACGGGGCGGAACGCGGUGUGCGCGGGAUACGCAUUGUAUGGAAGCGCGACAAUGGUCGUCAUAAGCUUGGGCCAGGGGGUCAAUGGAUUCAUGUUGGACCCCGCCAUGGGCGAAUUCAUCCUCACGGAUCCCGACAUGAAGAUCAAGCCUCGCGGCAAGAUCUACAGCAUCAAUGAAGGAUACGCUAGCGCGUGGGAUCCCGCAGUCACGGAGUACGUCCAGAACAAGAAGUUCCCAAAGACUGGAAAGCCUUACGGCGCCCGCUACAUUGGUUCCAUGGUCGCCGAUGUCCACCGGACGCUCAAGUACGGCGGCAUAUUUAUGUACCCUGCUACCAAAGAUUCUCCAGGCGGAAAGCUUCGCCUGUUGUACGAGUGCAUCCCGAUGGCGUUCCUGAUCGAGAAAGCCGGCGGAAUGGCGCACUCCGGCAAGCAGCCCAUCCUGGACGUGCAGCCGGAGACGCUGCACGGUCGCUGUCCCAUCUUCCUCGGCUCCAAAGAAGACGUGCAGGAGGUGGUCGACCUUUACAAGAAGCACAACCUGGCCUGAAGGAAGUCCGCGCGCCUAGUCGCGGUGUGCUGAAGCCGAAGAAGAAAAAAAGAAUUGCUGCCAACACUCGUUUGUUCUCUCGUUUGAAUUAAAAUCUCUAUGCACUUGUUA